CCUAGCCAUUGGAACCAAAGCCGGUUACAAGUUGUUUUCUUUAAGUUCUGUGGAGCAUCUGGACCAAGUCCAUGGAAGCAAUGAAAUCCCGGAUGUGUACAUCGUGGAGCGCCUCUUCUCCAGCAGCCUGGUGGUGGUCGUCAGCCACACAAAACCACGCCAGAUGAACGUGUAUCACUUCAAGAAAGGCACCGAGAUCUGUAAUUACAGCUACCCCAGCAACAUUCUGUCCAUAAGGUUGAACCGGCAGAGGCUGCUGGUCUGCUUGGAGGAAUCCAUUUAUAUCCACAACAUUAAAGAUAUGAAGCUGUUGAAGACCCUCCUGGAUAUUCCUCCUAACCCAACAGGUCUGUGUGCCCUCUCUAUCAACCAUUCCAAUUCUUACCUGGCCUAUCCUGGAAGCCAGACAACAGGCGAGAUUGUGCUUUAUGAUGGGAACUCCCUGAAAACUGUCUGCACCAUCGCAGCCCACGAGGGAUCGCUGGCUGCCCUUGCCUUCAACUCCUCAGGCUCCAGACUGGCGAGCGCGUCGGAGAAAGGCACAGUCAUCCGGGUGUUCUCUGUACCUGACGGACAAAAGCUCUAUGAGUUCCGGAGAGGAAUGAAAAGGUAUGUGACGAUCAGCUCCCUAGUCUUCAGUAUGGACUCUCAGUUCCUGUGUGCCUCCAGCAACACAGAGACCGUGCACAUCUUCAAGCUGGAACACCUUGCCAAUAGCCGCCCAGAAGAGCCUUCCACGUGGAGUGGCUACAUGGGGAAGGUGUUCAUGGCUGCCACCAACUACCUCCCCGCCCAGGUGUCCGACAUGAUGAACCAGGACAGGGCCUUUGCCACGGGCCGCCUGAACUUCUCCGGGCAGAAGAAUAUCUGCACGCUCUCAACGAUCCAGAAACUGCCAAGGCUUCUCGUGGCCUCCUCUGACGGACACCUUUACAUCUACAACUUGGACCCUCAGGACGGCGGAGACUGUGUCUUAAUCAAAACUCACAGCUUGCUUGGCUCCGGAACAACCGAAGAGAGCCAAGAAAAUGACCUCAGACCUUCCUUACCUCAGUCUUACGCAGCCACAGUAGCCAGACCAAGCGCAUCUUCAGCCUCCACAGUGCCAGGCUAUUCUGAGGACGGCGGGGCGCUCCGAGGAGAGGUGAUUCCGGAACACGAGUUUGCCACGGGACCAGUGUGUCUUGAUGACGAGAACGAAUUUCCCCCUGUGAGCAUUAGGAACCCCUAAAGUGCAAGGGCGAGGGCUCUCCGCCUGACUGCCUGGGAGGAAAUAAUCUUGUGCCGUGGGAGUCAGAAGGGCAAAACGAAGCCAUCCUGACGAGAAGCACGCCUCAGAAAUCAGGACAUCCCCUGUCAGGUGCUUGUGGAGAAACAAGGAAAGUGGAAGAAUGGAGUGCGAUUGUCUGAGCAGAAAUGGGAGGCAGGAUUGAAUCCUGGGUGCUGGGCAGACUGAGCCACAGGACAUGGUUAACUAACUCCUCCCUGGGCCCGCUCAGCCCCGUCUCCCAGUGGGUGCGGGGAGCUUCUGUCUAUAUCAAGCUAUUUAAGAUACCGUCAAACCACCAUGCAAAUGCUAACUAACUAUACUGGUACAUAACCGGAAUUUUAUAUUUAAAAAGGGCAUCCUUUCUACAUGUAUGCUGUGUAAAAAAAUGUACUUAUAGGAAAAACCUUUUUGAAUUGUAUUUCUUGUAUAUUACAAAUAUAUAAAGAUUAUUUUAGCCAGGCAAAGUAUUUUUGCAGUGAGUAGAAUAAAUCAUUUAUUAUUACCUUGGAGUCCCAUUUAGGACACUAAAUAAACCAUGGCAAAUGC